CAUAUGACCGGCUCCCAUGAUUGUUUGAUAAAUUAGUUUACCAUAACGAAUACGGAAACCACCAAUUUGAUUAUCAUAUUUCCAAGAUACCAUAAUAAACACGCAAUGUCUAUGCUGUCAUUAAUCUAUAAACUUAAAUCCGUGGCAAAAUCAUUGGAUAAAAGUAAAACGGAUUCAGAUAGUCUAUUUCAAGAGAUAAUCGAUAUUCGAAAUGAAAUUGAAGCAUCAAUGCAUUGGUUAGCUGUAUCACCACAACAACAACAACAACAACAACAACAACAACAGCAGCAGCAACAACAGCUCCAACAAAGACAAAACAUUUUCAUGGAUGAUUGUCCAUUAAUCGAUCAAUCAUCACUAGUCAUUCAAGCAAUUCAACGGGAAAGUCCACAGGUGUCUAAAUUACGACAACAAAAUCGUAUACUUAAACAACAGUUACAAGAAUAUGAAUUUGUAUUGGAGCUUAUUAUGAGUAAAUAUCGUCGAUUAAUAUUGACGUUAUUGCAAACAUCAAAUCGUUGUCAUCAAAAUAUAUUGAAAAAACAUGAAAAUCGACAAAAAGAUCGAACAAAGUCAAACAUAAUUACGGCUACCACUAAUCUACAACAAUUGAUUGAAAUAUUUAAUCAAAAAAUUGCACCAUAUAAUGAAGAAAUAUUAUUGAAACAAACUGAACAAUUAGAAAUGCUUCGAGUGGAAUAUAAAGGUCUAAUUGAAUUGUAUAGAAUUUCGAAAGAAUUUGGUUCAUUGAUAAAAGCUGAAAAUAGGCCAAAAUGCCAACAACAACAGCAUAAUGAUGAUGUUGAAAAUAAAGACGAUAAUGAUACACUACUUACCUCAGAUCAUGAUGAAUUGAAACAACAGGAAUGCCAAUAAUUUAUUAUUAAUUGAUUUUUUUUCAAAAAAAAAUAUUUAUAAUUUGAUGAAUUGAAUUGAAUGAAAUAAUAAUUUUCAAACACUUCGGAAAAAACAUUGUCUAUGAACGACUCAAGUUG